AUGGGGACAGCUCAGAACUACGAGACGGUGACCUCGCUGGGAUUCCCCCUUCCGAAACCUGACCUGAUCACCCGGCUGGAACGACGGGAAGAGCCGUGGGUGCCCAAUCUCCAGGCCUGCGAGGAAAGAGAGAUCCCAAGAGGUGCCUGCACAGCAGGGGAAGUGGAACCAGAGGGGACCUUUGUGAGAAGAGCUGCAGAGAAUUUUUCCCACUGCUGGGAACAGGGAGAUGACGGGGGAAAUUGGCAGAGGUCAGAGAGGCUUCUGGGAAACCAAUCAAGGGAGCAAACAGAUGAAUCUAUUAUAUGUGGGGAAGGAUACAGGGAUCCCAUAGCCCGGCAGACAACCCCCAAGGAAGACAAACACUAUGAAUGCCUUGGCUUUGGGAAAGGAUUAGUUCUGAGACGGCUUGUUACGCUUCAGGCAAUAAAUACUGGCGAGAAACCACUUCAGUGCUUAGACCGUAGGGAAAACUUCAGUAACCUCUCAGAUCUUAAUAACCAUGGGAGAAGCCACACUGGAGAGAGAUCCUAUCAAUGCUUUGAGGACAGGAACUAUUUGACUUGGAAGUCAGUACUGACUACACAUCAAAGAAGCCACAUAGGAGAGAGACCCCAUAAGUGCUUAGACUGUGGGAAAAGUUUUAUAUGGAAGUCAGACGUUGUCAGACAUCAGGCUAUCCACACAGGAGAGAGACCCCAUAAGUGCUUGGACUGUGGAAAAACUUUCAUACAGAGGUCAGCCCUUGUUUCACAUCUGGCAAUACACACAGGAGAGAGACCCCAUAAGUGCUUAGAGUGUGGAAAAAGUUUCAUACGGAGGUCAGACGUUGUCAGACAUCAGGCUGUCCACACAGGAGAGAAACCCCACAAGUGCUUAGACUGUGGAAAAAGUUUUAUAUGGAAGUCAGGCCUUGCUAAACAUCAGGCAAUCCACAUAGGAGAGAGAUCCCAUAAGUGUUUGGAUUGUGGGAGAAGUUUCACAAAUAAAUCAAAUCUUAUAAUACAUCAGAGGAUCCAUACAGGAGAGAGACCCCAUCAGUGCUCAGACUGUGGAAAAAGUUUCAUACAGAGGUCAGACCUUGUUAGACACCAGGCAAUCCACACAGGAGAGAGAUCCCAUAAAUGCUUAAUCUGUGGAAAAAGUUUCAUACUGAGGUCAGCCCUUGUUUCACACCAGAGAAUCCACACAGGAGAGAGACCCCAUAAGUGCUUAGACUGUGGAAAAAGUUUCAUACGGAGGUCAGCCCUUGUUUCACAUCAGAGAAUCCACACAGGAGAGAGACCCCACAAGUGCUUAGACUGUGGGAAAAGUUUCAUACGGAACUCAACCCUUCUUAUUCAUCAGGCAAUCCACACUGGAAAGAGACCUCAUAAGUGCUUCAUCUGUGGGAAAAGUUUCAUACAGAGGUCAAAUUUUGUUGAACAUCAAGCAGUCCACACUGGAGAGAGACUGCAUAAGUGUUUGGACUGUGGGAAAAGUUUCACACACAGAUCAAAUUUUAUAACACAUCAGAGGAUCCACACAGGAGAGAGACCCCAUCAGUGCUCAGACUGUGGAAAAAGGUUCAUAGAGAGGUCAGCCCUUGCUGUACAUCAGAGAAUCCACACAGGAGAGAGACCCCAUCAGUGCUCAGACUGUGGAAAACGUUUCAUACAGAGGUCAACGCUUCUUAAACAUCAGGCAAUCCAUACAAGAGGGAGACCAUAAGUGCUUCGACUCUGGGAAUGGUUUCAGAAACAGAUCAGCCCUUCUCAACAUCUGGCAAAACACACAUAGUGCUUAGACUAUGGAAAAACGUUUCUAAUAGAUGUCCGUCCUUGUUUUACAUUAGAGAAUACACCCAGGGGAGAGAUGCCCUUCGCUGCUUAGCCUGUGGAAAGAGUUUUAUAUGGAGGUCAGACCUUGUUAGACAUCCAGCAAUCCACAGAGGAGAGAGACCCCGUAAGUGCUUAGACUGUGGAAAACAUUUCAGAAACUGAUCAGUCCUUGUUUUACAUGAGAAAAUCCACACAAGAGCAAGUCUCCAUAAGUACUUGGACUGUGGCAAAAGUUGCACACUGAGAUCACACCACAUUAAACACUGGAGAAUUCACACACAAUCUCAACUUCUGUGAUACCUUCAUGCACAUCUACAAAUAGAACUAGCAGAAUCUUGUGUGAGGGAGAAGACAAUAUGCCACGUUUACUGUGAACACAGAGAAUACUUAAUAGGAGUAAAAGAUAAGUAAUUCAGUUUCUAUUCCUAGCUAAGAUUGUUCACCACGUACACACACACAGAGUUCUACAGAUGUAAUAUAAUUACGAGCCUCAAUUUCUUGUACUAGUCCACUGGCCAGUCACGAGGAGGGGAGCCGGGUCCUGUCUGUGUGCACCGAUGCUCCUGGAGGAUGAUCAUAGAACUGGAAGAAGAACCCAACCCUAUGGUUUUGUACCCAUCUUUUUAUAUAUUUCUAUCCAUAGAUCCUGUCCUGUCCCACUGCCCCUAGAUACUGUAUGACCAUGAGUCAUCAGUUAAUGGCAGAUGUGACUUUGAUCUUUUUCUUGAUGGGGCUUUUGUUUUUCUUUCUCUUGGAUGGGUUCUUUUGCAAGUUUUGCCCAUAUUGUUCGUCAGCCAUCAGGGCAGCUGGCAGCUGGUCUUUGAGAUGAGCUGACAUCAGGGACUGAUCCCAUCCCACACCCACAUUCACACUUUUAAAUGAAACACACACGCCUAACAUUAAACAGAGUUUCAGUUUACAAUAUGGAGUUGCUGUAGCUAUAAUGUAUAAUGGUUUAAGAUGGCGGUUUUAGUUACAAUAUGAAGGCACUUUAGUUACAAUAUAUUAAAAAGAAAAGAGUUACAGUAACAGAUUCUUCCAAGGCAAUUUUUGGUAAGCUACUAACACAUAAUUUGUCCAAAGGUGGUUAACACUGUUUCAUUUAUAAAAAGACAAUUUCAUUAAUAACAAAAGGUGGUUUCAUUACAGUAAUUUCAUUGCAAGCAUACAGAGCCAUAUUAUAUAGGUAUAAUUUAUUUAAAGAGUGAUUUCAUUCUUCAGCCCUACAACCUGGCCCGAAACAGUUAAGAAACUUGCAGGCUAAUUGACCCAGAUUCAGCCUUUAGAGAUAUGUUAGAAAAGUAUUUAAAUGGUAUUUGAGGUUAUUCCAAGGGUAUGUCCAGACUACCCGCCCUAUCGGCGGGUAGCGAUCGAUUUAUCGGAGAUUGAUAUAUCGCGUCUCAUCUAGACACAAUAUAUCAAUCCCCGAACGCACUCCCCAUCGACUC